AUGGGAUGCCUUUCAUCAAUCGAAGCACCACUUUCUGCACUCAUCACCAUCAUCUUCUUGGUCCGAUCACUCUUUUUGAUCACUUAUAAAGUGGUCGAAUCGAAUUCUCUCGUUGAUGAAGAAGCGUUGGAUGCUAAAGAUAUGCUCAUGCCGGCUCUCGGAAUCAUGUCACUCAUCGGAAUCUGCUCUUCUCGUCGUGCAUUUGGUGUCUUCACAAUGCUCUUCAUGCUCCACGCCUUCUUCUACUCUGCAUUCCAUCUCUUCCACACCACUGCCAUCUUCAUCAAGUCUUUCGAUGAGCCGUGUCGUUUUUUGAAGGCUCCAGCAACUGGACAAUUGACUUCUGAUGUGUGUCAUGCGAUGAAUGGAUUCUCGUUGGUGUGCACAGUGGCCACAAUGAUUGCUACGGCUCUUGCCACAAUGGCGGUCUUCCUUCGCCUGACUACUGUGAUUGUCCAUCUCUCUGACAUGAGAAGCAUGGCAACGACCCGUUCAUUUGACAACUCCAUGCCUCAACUUAUCAGCAAAAAAGCGAUUGAAUCUGAAUGCGAGGAGGAUGUGGAACUGGAGACGCCAAGAAGAAAAAUGGGACAAGCUGAUAUCUUUGUGUGA